AUGAUAUCGAAAAAACACCACCAACAUAACCACAGUCGUCAACGUGACCAUAUUCCUCUUAACAAACAAGUAACUCAAGAAGAAAUUCAAGAAGCAAAGGAGAAGUAUCUAAAAGACGGAAAGAGGGUUAUUAUUGGUGACCUAACCGAUGCCCAAAGAGAGGCCAUUCACCAAAGAAUUGAAUCAGUUGAAAAGAUGCAACAAAAAGAUGAUCCUUUUGAUUUAUUAACCUCAACAGAUUGGGGUAAUAUCAUUGGAUUGGUACUUAGUUUCACUCCUUAUGUUGGUUCAUUCCUUAAAGUUGGAUUUGGUAUUGUUUGGGGAAAAAUCUUCUCUAAAAAUGGUCAAUAUAUCACUCAAGAUCAAUUCCAAAAAGAAAUGGCUUCUCUAUAUCAAAAGAUUGAAACAAUGUUAAAUGAGAAAUUGGAUGAUAGCGAAAUGAAUAGAUGUAUGGCUAUGUUUAUCGAUUGCCAAAAUCGUGGAAACAAUUUCAAUGAUCUCCUCACUCUAUUCAUUGAUAGACAGCAAGCAAAAGCUGGUUUUAUCCCAAACAAGAAUCUUGACUAUAGAGUUGAACCACCUGCUCAUUUGACUCAACUUGAUGAUGACACACUUUUGCAAAUGAUCAGAACUCAAUUCAUGUCUUAUCGUGACUUUUUAGAAGGUGCCCUUAUCAACUUCUCACAACCAUUGUAUGCUCAUAUCCUUGGUAGUCUUUAUGGAAUGACCAUGUUGAUUUAUUCUAACUUUAUGAGAGAUGCUUGUUUCCAAGCAAUUACAUGGGGUUUCCCACCCGCUUAUGUCUAUGGGAAUAAUGGUGAUGUAAAAAGUUUAGUACAAACUCUGCAUGAUAAAACUCAAGAUUUCCAUUACUAUCUUGCAAGAUGCAACCUUUACUAUGAAUUGCAACUCAUCAAACCUGCAACUUGGAUUUCUCCAUCCAUUAACCUUCCUGAUAAUGCAUAUAAACUGUUCAGCCAGAUCAAUAAUCUCGAUCUCAUGGAGUACCCUGCCAACACACCACUCAUGUGUAUUGACAAUCCCGAUGCCAAUGGUAAUUUCCAAUGUUACGAUCCAACUGGAGUAUGUAAGAUAUUCAAGAUUGACCCAUCUAAAAGUUCAACCGGCGUCCAAACUGACCCUCAUUAUGAUACUGUAUCUGGAUACAUCCCAGUUUAUCCAUUGAAUGGCUAUGGUCUAAAAUAUACAGUUCAAAGAAGUGGUAGUUUCUUUUAUUAUAUGACUGUCACCUUUGCCAUUUAUGAUUAUGUACUUGGUAGUGAAUAUGAUCUUUAUAUUAACGGUAAAAAAAUAAUAACUCUUAAUACUAUCCCUUCAGAUGAUGGUUGUCUUAGAGGACCAAGAAUGAGUUAUUACUAUGAAAGAUGGUUGGUAGCCAAUAAUCAGCAACAAGCAAGUACCUAUAUCACCGUCAAGUUAGAUUUCCAGAAUGCCUUAUACAGUUCUGAUAUUCAAUUAUUUGGAUUUGCAGGAUACAUUAAUGCAGUUGAAGUAUCUUUCCCAAAUAAAAGUGGAAAAGAUUUCAUCAAGGUCGAUGUCCCAAAGUUGGAAGAUAACUUAUCUCAUCCCAAGAAACCAGUACAAAAAUAUUAA